UUUCGCAUUAAAUCGAAUUUCUUACUUGUUUACACUUGCAGUAAUAAUCAAUCGCAAUUUUUUAAUUCGUGCAAAAAAUAAUGUUUCAUUAAAGAAAUCAGUGAAAAAAGUCAAUAAACAAGACAAUGUCUAAUCGAAAUAUAAUAUAUAGACCACCAGAUAGUGAUUCCGAAGAUGAUUAUGAUGGGUUUUCCUUUGGUGAUGAUAUUAUUAAGAAACCCCCCAGAAAUUAUUGGCAUAAAGAUGAUGAACAGGAAUUGUAUGAUGCACUAAUGGAAGGCAGUUUGGAUGGGGUGAGGCAACAAGUGGAUUUGCUUAAUUACAAUGUGAAUCAAUCAUUAAAGGGUGGCUUUACUCUUUUACUACAUGCCUGUAAACAAGGUUUCCUAGACAUUGUAGAAUAUUUGGUAUUGGACAAGAAGGCCGAUGUAAAUAAACAAAUUGAUUCUGUUACCCCGCUACUGAAUGUUUGUGACACGCACUGUAAGGAUCCUUUGGUUAUAGAUAAAAUGGCCAAAUUACUUCUGCAACAUGGGGCCAUCAUCAAUGUGGCUGAUAAAUAUGGUACAACUCCCUUUAUGUUGGCCUGCAAAAAUGGUCACACCAAUAUUGUGCGUUUAAUGAUAGACGAAGUUAGUUUUGAUGCCUUUGAUAAUCAGGGAUGUACUCCCAUCUUUCAUGCCAUCGAAAAUAAUCGUAGUGAUAUUGUAAAGUUGCUAGUAGAGGCAGGAGUUAAUUAUAAAAUAGCCAAUCGUAAGGGUUAUACACCUAUACAAGUGGCACAAUUUCAUGGUUUCUAUGAUUUGCUCGAACUAUUGCCCAAGGAAAAGGAAACCUAUAUAGUACCUUCGAAAUUUUUAGCUUAUAAUACUUUAAGAGAUUAUAUACCACGUAUUUUCUUAAAAUCUGAAUGUCCAGAAUAUUUUCAAGAGAUUAGUACCAUUUUACUGUCCAUAGGCAUGGAACAGUUUUUGGAAUACUUUGCUAAAGGCAAAAUAACUUUAGCACAGUUUUUGUGUAUGACCGAUGAGAAACUAAAGGAAUUGGGUAUUAUGUUUCCCUUAUAUCGUAUGAAAAUUAUGAAGGGUUUAUUGGACUUUCAGUUGCAUCAUUGGUCUAAAAAGUCCAUAGCUCGAGUAAGCAAAAAUUCUCAAGAAAACUUCUAUGAAAUCCUUAUGAUAACUGCUAAUCAUUUGCAACAUUUGGUUAUCAUUAAUUCUUCACUGAAAUUUAUUAAAAAUCAUUUACAACAGGAUUUAUUAGGUCCUCUAGAAGAGGAACAUAUUACAAACAUGCAAAAAAGUUUACAACACUAUAAACACACACUCAAAGAUUUGAAAAAGACCACCAAAUAUCUGGCCUCAUUUAGUCCUUCCAAAAAUCCUCUCUACAUUGAUUAUGAUGAAUUUUUAGCCGAACGUAAACGUUUGAAAUUUAAAUGCUAUUUUAAAUAUACCCUAGCCAUAGGUUUAUCUGUAUUUAUUUGUUUAAAAUUUAAACGUUUAUUCUAGUAGUUAAUGAACAUUCCAAAAUUAAGUAUAAAACGUUAAGACGUUUUUUCUAAGAUAAAUGAAUUUAAUCAUUAUUAUGUUAUUAGCUGUAUUAAUAAUAGUAUUGAACUUCUUAUAUACUUUUAUUUUUGUUUUAAACAGAAUUGUUGUUUUGUUUUCAUUUUUAUUAAUUAUUUAAUUAAAUUGUAGUGAGCUGCAUUUAUUGAAUUCUUAGAAUUUUAAAAGUUUAAUUUUUAAAUAGUUAACACAAUAUUUAGCUUAAAGCUUUGAAAUAUAUAUGUAUUUACUAUCACUAUUUACUAUUAUAUAGUUAUUUAGAGUUACAAUUGUUUGUUGAUUAAAUCUAGAUGUUGAAAUAAAAACACGUUGAAUUGAAAA